AUGGACACCAAGGUUCACUACAUUCUGUCUUCUUGCAUGGCCCUUGCGGCCGGUCUGAUAUUUCUCUUCGGCGGGAAGCAACAGCCUACAGCUUUAGAAUGUACUAUGAGCAUGCAUUCAUGGUCUCCAGCAUGGGAUGCUGUUGACCAAAGAUGGGAGACUUUCCAAAACGACUUCUCUCAAAAGUCCGUCUUCAGAGGCCAGCCCACGGCCACGAUAGAAGCAGCAUGGGAUUCUAUCUUGCCGGAAAACCCUAUUUCAAUGUCCGCAAAUGAAGUGGAAUUUCCCCAUGGGUUUGAACCAAGUUCUCUGGUUGCAGACAAAUCCGGCAAUUUCCUGGGUCAUCUCGAGGUUUUCAGAAAUUUAGCCUGUCUCAACUUGCUCCGCCAGCAUACAUUCAGAAAUGACUACAAUUAUGAAAGUCUUUCGGCGUUCCAAGGAACGGAGGGAGAGAUCAUGGGCCGCUUGGAUGGCUGCGUCCAGAGACUGCGGAACGUUCUGAUGUGCGAGGGAGACGCCACUCCUUACCUGAUCAUGCUCACCCCGGAGAAGAAAGAGAAGGAGUCACCAGACUUUGACACGCUGCACUAUUGCAAGAAUUUCGACAGCGUUUUGAAUUGGGCUAGAGCAAACGAGGUCCAGGAGAGCGUGGCGAGUCCGCCCCUUUAUAGUUUCACAUACGUAUAA